AUGCAUACAAGAACCACCCUCCUCGAACCCGCCCAACGCCUCUGCAAGGCCUUCUCAACCGGCGCCCCAAUCCCCACCAUCCUGGCCUCCUUCACCCGCAACCCACUCCCCCUCGUCCACGAACACGGUCUGCCGAGCCUAACACCCUUCCUCGGGCGCACCUUCACCGGCACAGACGGUGUAGGCCGGUACUUCGAGAUCAUCGCCGACCUCCUCUCAUUCGAGAACAUGACCUUCGACCCGGAGGAGCAGUGGAUCGUGGAUACGGUGUCGAUGGCGGUGUCGUUGCGAGGGCAUGCGAGGUUCGUAUACAAGGAGACUGGCGAGGGGUGGGAGGAGACGUUUGCGUAUCGGUUGGGGUUGGCGGAGGAUGUAAGUGAUGACACUGACGGGGGGAGGGAGUUGAAGGUGCAGGAGUAUCGGGUGUGGGCAGAUACCGGGGCGGCGUACUUGGCGAGGAUUGGAGGGUUGAAGGGGGUUGAGGGGGAGAAGGGGGAGACGAGGAAGUCGUUGGAUAGGAAGGCGAGUGGGUGUGGGGAUGUGUUGGGGAGUGGGAUGAGUGUUUAUGGGAGUUGUGCUUGA